GGCUAGCUUCUACUCUCGCUGCGCUUGGAAUAGCAGGCAAUGCGAGCGCCUACAACUUCGCAACGCCGCCUUGUAGACGAACUCGAUACCCAUGGCACAUCCAUCGAACCACUCGACAAUCUCUACCCCUACGGACCGCCACCCCAUCGCAGCACCGGUGCGCGCUCAGCAGAACAAGCACCUUACCAUACCCGCUACAAUUUCCUCAAUGACUUCUUGACGCGUCGCGUCUUGAAUGGGGCGCGCUCAUCACCUGCUGCACCAGACAUGCUUGCCGCGCAUGAUGAAGUUCGACAUGAGGGAGUAUCAACGACAGUGCCUAUUGGGACACUUCGUCGAUCUCGUACGAUUCGCGAACGGCAUACGAAGACAUCCGAUGAGACUGGAUCUGUUCAGCCAUUAAAGCUUGAAAUGAUUGAUUGUGAUGGUGGGUCCCUUGACUUCGACUCUGGUCGGUACAUGGCAGAAAACCUACUCAGGAACGAUACGAGUGUCUAUUGUACAGCAAAGUUGGAGAAUGUCAACAUCUUGCUUAAAUCAGCCAAGCCGUUUGUGUUGACAGAGAUGGUGAUCAAGGCACCGCAACGGAGUUUCACAUCCCCUGUCAAGGAUGGCUUGAUUUGGGUAUCUAUGGAACGCCCCGAUUUGGAGCGCACUGCAGAAUUUGACAGGCAGGAAGAGGGACCAGCAGACAGAGACGAGGAAAUGCCCAAGUCACCCCUUCAAGCAUUACUCCAAGGUCAUGACCUUCCAGCAACGACAAUGCUCCCCUUCACGCGCAGUCACUUUGGUAUCGACUGUCCAAAUGCCUAUUUCUUGGUGGAUCCAGCAACGGGUAGUGCGACUGUCAAAUUCGAACCGCCCCUCUCAGGCCGCUUUGUGCAUGUCAAAUUACUGAGUGGGCAGCCAUUUGAUAGCUAUCCAGGUCGUCUUGAGCGCGACAAUAUCGACGUCCAAGCAGUCUUGUUGUAUGGACAUAUCGGCCCACACCUCAAGGCUGCUUUCGCAUUUCGCUAA